AUGAAGCCGAAAGAAAUCAAAAAAAGGUGCUACACAAAAGUAGAAAUUGAAGGAAAUGAAAGAUAUGCGUGCAGAUAUUGUAAUAAAAAUUAUAAAGAAAAUGUAACAAGAAUGACAGUGCACAUUAAAAACGAGUGUAAAGAAGUUCCACAGUGUAUUUCAAAAUCUUUAUUGUCGCCUAAGAAAUCAAAGUUUAACCAUAAAAAUAUAAAUGCAUUUAAUCAAAAUUCAUUGGAAAUUGUGCCAAAUACUGAAACUGUUAUUCAGAUAACUGAUACAAAUCAGAGUUCUAUUGAAAAUCCUCAGAUUACCCUUAAAAAUCAGAGUUUACUGAAAUUUGUAGAUACAAUGAAAGGAGGAGAAAAGGUAACAUAA